AGCACAUUUGCUCGGACCACGACGCAACGACCAGUUGGACGAAGAUUUUGUACCGAUCACAGAUCUUUUUUUAUUCAUGAAGAACUAAUUGCUGCAUAGUGCUGAUUGUAAAUAUAAACAAAAACUAAAAGAGAUGGUUAUUGAAGGAUGCGUUUAACAUUGUCAGACAGCUUCAAGUGUGGUUCAGCAGACGCGCAGUUCGAAACGAAAUGUUGUGUUCUUAGUUUGACGGUGACUUUUUGCUGGGUCUAUGUGAAAAUAGGAUAAAAAUAAAUAAUAUAUGAAACUAUCAAAAUUACCCAGUGUAGUGUAAAAAAAUUGUAAUUUAAUCUUAAAUCUUUAAAUAACUAAACAUAUGGAAUCUGAAUUGUCACCAGAUUCUCAAAAAAAGUUACCACCAGUGCCAAUUAAGACGUAUCAAUGGGAAGAUUUGAGAAAAGCACGUGAGGCCGGUGGUUAUCCUUGGACUCACCUCUUAAAAGUGCCUCUUGAAGGUGAGAUAACAGCAGAAGACAUAAUUCGUGAAACCACUCCAAGAAGAAGUAUGUCACGAGAAUUUACAAAAUCUCGAACUCACUCUCCCGUUGACAGGGAUAUUCAAAAAAUACUUAACCUCGAUUCCUCCCCGGGUAGCAGUAGAAAACAUAUCGAGGAUGGUAAAGAUGAAGGAAUUCAUAUUCCAAACUUUUCCAAAGAAGUUUCCUUAGACUCAGAAGAUGACGUUGUUAGUAAAGUAGCCACUACAAAUACAGAUAAAAAGCAUGAUGCUCAGAGGAACAUUCACUUAAUGUCUCGUAUAGAAAAACCUAAAAGUGUCUCCCCAAAAGGUAUAUUAAAACGACGUAUACCAGAAAAUCAAUAUAUUGGUAUGACAGAAACACGUGAAAAAACAAAAUGCUGUCACCCGUUAGUGAAUAAAAUUAAGCAUUUAGCUGAUAAAACGUUGCAUAAAUUAGACAAGACUGAAAAUGAAAAGUCACCUGUAACUAAACGAAAGAAAGGCGAAGAAAUUCAAGAAAUACGACAAUUAAAAAAUUCACCUGGGGCUGUUCGACGACAAAAAUUUAGUGCUAUAAAAUUGGGAGAUUCCGAUGAAAUGAGCAAAACUAUGAGUAUAGACACACCACCUCCAAGGAAGAAAAAAGAACAUAUAUAUGAAGAUAUAGAAGAAUCAAGGGAAGGCAAUAUAGAAACAUCUUUACAGUUUUCCCCUACUAUUAAUAAAAUUGGUGAUCAAAAUGUUGGUUUCCAUAAAAAUUACUUUAAAGGGAACGAUAAUGAAAACGACUUCAUUGAGAAAAAAUCAAAUGCAUCCCAAGACCCUAGUUUAAUCACUGAAGAUAACACAUCUUUAAAGGCUGAUGAAUAUGUAAUGGAAAAGCUGCACAAGUUGGGUGACAUAAAUAAAGAAGCCAUUAUUUUAAACAAUGAUGUAGAUUCAGAAGAACCAAAUAUAGACGAAGUGUACCAGAGUCAAAAAGAUGACAUAAGAAAAAGCAAUGAUUCUCCAAAUAUAACAAUUACCGAAAUAUUAGAUGACGAUAAUACUAUUGAACCAUCGACUGCAAUACCUAUAGAAUCGUCUCCAACCCCUAGUCCUCGUGAUAUAAAUAAUCGUAAAGAUGCCGAAUACAUUGAUAAAGAUUGGUCUAAACCCGACAGUGAUCACGAUUACGAAAUAAUAGAUAAACCACCUCCAAAUAUAAUUUAUACGGCACCAAGUUUAGAUGAAAAGCCAGUCAUGGUUAAAACAGACGAUGAGUUAUCCAGUACGACAUCUUUAGAACGAAAAUGCUUACAACAUACUUCGGACGAAGAAGAACCAAUAGACGAUAAAGAGAAUGUAAACAGUGAAAUGACGGAAGAGUUAAUUAAUGCUGAAAAUUUACAAAAAAAUAUUGAAGAGAGAUUUUUUGUAAAUACCCCUUCAACGGUGUCACGUACUGAAUGUGAAGUCAGUACAAGUCAAGUAGAUUCAUCAGGUUUAGAAAAUUUACCAUUACAACGAAGUAGUCGAAAUAAAAAUGGAGAAAGCGUUGAUAGCAAAAUACAACAACGUAUAAAAGACGGGACUGGAAAAAUAAAAACACAAGCUGGUAAACUUAAAACAAAACUGCAUAACUUGAGGAAUAAGCAAUUUAAUUUGCCAGAAAGAGCUAAGUUUAAAAACCCUGAUCGACCAAAAAUAUCGCAACCCGAUAGACCCAAAUUUACUUUACCUGAUAGAAGGAAAUUUAGCUUGCCCGAAAGACCAAAAUUCAAAAAAAUAAAUAUAUCAGAGAAAUUAUCUUUUGGCGACCGAAAAAAAUUUAGUUUUUCUGAACGACCUAAAUUUAAUGUCCCUGAAAUGCCGAAGUUUAAAAUGCCUGAGAGACCAAAAAUAAACGUUCCUAGUCUUGGUAGAAAAAAAGAACCUAAGGUCGAUAGCAAUAUAUCAGAAUCAAGUUCUGAUUUACAAAAUGUAGCGAGUGUAGAUUUUGAAGCAAAAACUUAUCCGAGGCUAUUUAACAGAAAGAAAAAACCUCAAAUGCAAAAGAUGUCUUCUUCGCCCACAUUAAAUAGAGAAGACACGCCACCCCCUACGUUUACCUUUACUAGAGUAAAACAAUUACGCCAAGAUGAGGCUAGUUCGUAUAGACCAGAUACUCCUGAGCAGCCGCGAGAAUAUGGCACUGUUGAUAAUGAAACUAAUUACGAAUGUGAAAUUGAGGGAAGAAAAAAUUUCAGCACCACUUACGACUUUGAUAAAAUAGACCAGGUCUAUAUGAAUGAAGAAGAAAACCAGCAAAUGCUAAACGAAAAUCUAAAUAUGUCACCGACUAAACAAGAGUAUACACAUAUAAACGAAAUAAAUAAUGACGAAUUUUUCGUACGACCGAGAGGAAUUUCUCGUGAAAAUAUUCAAGUUCGAGAAUACUUGAGUGACGAAAUACGACAAGCAUUUAAUAUUCCUAAAAAUGUUCUCACUGUGAUGGGAAGUAAUACAGGAAUUAACGGAGAUAAUGUUUACGCCAACGAACCAGAUGUAGAUCCGGAACUAAUUAUUGAUGGCAAAGAAAUUAGAAAUCGUUCAAGCGAGGACAUAAAUGACAGAGAUGAUGGAUAUUACACAUUCCCACCAGUAAGACCAUCAAGAGCUAAACGGAAGAAAAAAGAGACUGAAUCAAUUAAAUUUAUUGACGACAGUGUGAAUGCAAGUAUGCAAUUUAGUGAAGUAGACUUAAGUAUUUCAGAGGACCAUUUGAACGACAAGCAAUUUGAUGGAGUUGUCUCAGAGAGUAACGCUGAUCUAGAUAAAUCCAUUAAAGACUUCGAGAUGAGACCACCAACUGAUCUUAGAUCUAUACAUGAAUAUGCAAACGACGAUGUUAUAGAAUAUCCUGAUACUAUUCCAAUACAGUCACAAACACUCCCGAUGCCACCUAAAAGAAAAAGAAAAUCUGUAAAAAAAGACUUAAAACAUUCAUCUCUGAAUGACUUUACUCCGCCAGAAAUGUGGCAAAUACCUAAGGAACAAGCUGAAGACAUCAUCGUGUAUCGAACGGAACACGAAUACAUCGUUCCACAAGAGCCGACAAAAGUGAGAGAACAGAGUCCGAUACCUCCGCGACGCACUCGCUCAAGAAGUUCAAGGGCAACAUCAUUGUGUGAUGACGACCGAACUUCUCAUGGAGCAGAAUCUCUGAUUUUAGACACUCACGUACCACCCAUAGAUUACGGUGAUGCUGAGAAUAGUAUACGUCGAGAGAGUCCUGGAUAUGCUACAGUUGAUAAAGGUAAUGUACCAAGUAAAAGUGCGAGACGGUCGAAAAGUAAAACUCCGCCGGCUAGAUUACGCAAAAGUCAUAGCGCUGAACGAAAGUACUACACAGUAUCGGGCAAAAAAUCGGAUAUGCCCUCCCGUCCUCCAAGGAAGAAGUCAUCAACAAGUCUUAUGACUUUAAAUAUCUAUAGAAAAGAUUCGUUCAGCGGAGAUCUAACGCAAUAUGACGAAAUAGAUGAACCACGCAUUGAUGAAGUUCAUAAAAAUUUACAAUCGGGUGAAGUUGUAAGUAAAAUGAAGGACAGACCAUUACCUCCCCCUCCACGUCCACCUCGAGGACCAAAGCGAAAAAAAACAUCUGAAGAAAUAGAACAAGAGUCACUGAAAGUCGAAAGACGAUCAGUUUCAUCGCCUGAAAAUUUACAAGAAAAGUCAGAUCCACUGGAUGUUAUUGAAAUAGAGGUAUCAACUCAAACUGAUCCAUUGCCAGACGAUGUUGAUUUUGAAUUAGGAAUGGAUGAAAAUCUUGAUAUAUCUAUGUCCAGUUCAUUGAGAGAUAUUGUUGACGAAGAUUCAAUAAUAGGUAAAGUACAUGAUAAAGCUUCAGCAUUACAGCAGACAUCUCGUCCAGUUUCUCGGUCAGAAAAAUCUCUUAAGCUUUCAGAUCCUAAAACAUCAGAAUUUUCUAAAUUAAAUCAUGAAAGAAAUUCACCGACCGUAAUACUGGUAGAAAAACGAGUUUCAAGCCCCACAAGAAUAAAUGAAAGAGAAGAAAUUUUAACAGAAGCAUCAUUAACUGUUCAACAUAUUGAUAUUGACCAAUCUCAAAUUCCUGAUGUUCCACCUCUUCCUAGAAUAAAAAGUACACAAAUUGAAAGUUCAAAAACUGUCACUGCUUUACAAAGCGAAAAUGCUCUAGAAAAAGUAUCUGAUGCAGUGAGAGAUAUACAGUUAGAUAAUCUUAUUACACAACGACUACAAGUUCGCGAUUUAGAUGUCGGUCGACUAAAUGUAUCCGAGCUACAAGCUACUAAAAUUCUUGUUUCAGAUAUUGAAGGUAUGACUUUAAACGUUAACGAAUUAGACUCAAAAUCUGGUCAUAUUUCAGUAAGUGGAAUUGAAUUUUCCCAAUCAGUAAUUGACGAAAUAGUGAAAAAAUUCGCCGAAAUUUCUACUAGUAUUAUACCUCCACCACAAGUACAUCGACCGCAAGAACCUCUACCACAAUCGCCUCAACAACCUCAAGCACAAGAUACAGUUGAAACUUUUAGACCCGUUAACAAAGAAGAAGAGACACAAACGGAUAUACCACCUGAAAAGACAACAGAAUCGGCAACAAUUACCGAAGAACAAUUUAUAGCACCACAGUCAUCUUCAAUUUGUCUUGAAACUAUUGAAGAGACUUCGGUGCCACCGCAGAGACCUCCGCCUCCCGAUUUAACACCAUUAUUGUAUUCAUAUCUGCAGGAUAUAACAGCCUCUACGUCUUCUUCACACCUUCGUCCAUUCCCUCAUCGAGAACAAAGACAAUUAAGUGAAUUUCAUGACUCUCAACAUCAAACACCGCCACCACCAGCGAGGAGAUCUAAAAGAAAACCAGCUGUCUUACUCAGUGAAUCGAGUUCAGAUGAUGCUAAACCUAGGCCUUCUCCGAGACGACUACCACCACCUGUGAAAAUUCAUGAACCUACAAUCACAGAAGCGGGAGCUCAAUUUCUUAGAGUAUGCCAAUCUUCUAUUAGCAGAGCAUUCAGAAAUAUUUUUAAGAUGUUCAUGUCAUAUAUAAAUAGAACGGAAGAUAAAAGAGAUGUACAAAUGGCCAUGGUGAUAUUCCUUGUUCUGAUAGCGGGAUUGAUUAUGUUCGGUCUUAGCGAUAGUCGCACUAUUCACCAUCAUCACUGGGAAUUUUUUAAUCCACCAGAUGGAAAGCAGUAAUUUUAUAAUUAAUUAAUUAACCAGCAUAUUAUUUUACACCUUUAGCUUAAAAAUAUUUUAAAUUUUAUAUUAUAUGGUUUAUAAGCUGCCAUUGAAACUUUGUAAAAAAAAAUGUGUAUCAGAAACCUAUCCAGCAUUUCAAGGACUAAACUUUUCACGACCCAUUUAUUUGUAAAAUGGAAACAUUUUAAAUUACUUUUGAAAUAUUUUUUAAAACCUCGAAAUAAAAUAUAUCUUAACAUAAAAUAUUCAGUAUAUUUACUCAAAUUCACUCAGUCUAAUAUAGUUUUUUAAAGUUCAAUAAAGUAAUUAUUAUUGAAAUUACUAAACAUUAAAUUCAUGCUAAAAAUAAUAUAAGUAUUACUGCAAUUUAUGUCCACGGAUGUAAGAUCUUUUGUAAAUUUUUAAUUUAUUAACGAUAGAGUUGUCUAGUUGUAAGGUUUGUUAUUAAUUACUCUGUUAAUUUUGUAUUAGCCUGUCUUGUGAACUGGUGUUAUGCAUUUUGUUAAGUUCGUUUUUUUUUGUGUAUCAUGUCGUUAAAUAAAUUUGUUAACAAAA